AUGUCAGCUUCAGCAAUUUUCGAUUUUUGCUCUGCAAACUUGGGUGGCGCGUUGUGCUCAAUUGGUUCUCCAAUCUACCUUAAAAAUGUUCAGUUUAAAAACAAUACAGCUUACAAGUAUGGUGGCGGUAUCUAUUUCCAGGGUAUUGUUUCCAAAGAUGAUCCAACAAAUGUUUCCCCAACUCACAAACUUAUCAUUCAACAAUUAACUCUUACCGGCAACAAAGCCAACGAAUACGGUGGCGCUAUAUGCCUUUCUUCACCAGCCGAAGUUGAUUUCGAAGAUUCUACUUGCCAAAACAACCAUGCUGCUUUUGCAGGCGGUGCCAUCUAUUCUCAUAACACUGAUAACCUUAAGAUCUUCAAUACCAAAUUCUACCAAAACACUUUACAAAAUAACGUUUUCCGUCAAUUUAGCGGCCAAUCCAUUAGUGGAAAGACAAAUCUUGCCGAAGACCAGUACAACACCAGAUUCCGCGCAAGAGGUGGCGGUGCCAUUUGCGUUGCUUCAGACGAUAAAAAGUUGUUGACAAUACAAUCCAAAAGCGUGUUUUCAAUUCACACAAGAACUGCUAUUCCGGAAACAGCGCUGGCAGCCACGCUACAUCCUUCGGUAAUGGCCCAGGACAUGAAAUUAUGUUGGACGGUUAUAUCUAUUUCGCAUCUGUUGAAGACACAAUCAACAAAUGGGCCACAAGUGAUCAACAGAAACUUAUCUCCUACAACUACAAAGGCUGGGAUGUUUCCUCCGUCAAUGAUUGCAUGA